GUUGUAUAAGGAUAUAAAUUGAACCACUUUUGCACAUCAUAGUGUAAGGCACAAACGAGAAUUAAAAAACUUAACAAGUUAAUACAAAGGGCUCACUGGAACGUAUGUCCAAUAAGAUUCCUCAGUCAAGCGUAGAGUAUCAGUCCCGUAAUCAUUGUCAGUGCGAUUUUUGCUGCAGCCGACGCGCUUUAAAUGCCAAGAGGUUUGGCGUCACUGCACUUGUUUCCCGCGAUUCAAAUGGUCAGCUUCGGAACAGUUGCUAUUGCUCCAACCCGGACAGUAUUAACCGUAACACCCUCGGAAAAAGUAAUGGCAACACGAACUUUAACCCAGAUCACCCAUCUCCGGUUAAUCAGACAGCCUUAAACGCUUCCCGUGGACGUAAUGGUGUGCCUUCUGGAAAUCAAUACACUAUUUCCCAAGGCCCCGGAAAGGGGAUUUUGAGGUCCGGUGUUUCGGGUGAGCUAUCGACUCAGAAGAGAUCUGCGGAGGAUGAUCUGAAAGAGUUGGAUCAGCUGGAACAGCUUUUAAUCCUUGAGCACAAGGAACGUGUUGCGGCCAGUUUGGAGUCUGACCGCCUCAACACGUUGCGUACGACCAAAAAGGAGUCUCGUCCGCUGCCACUUCCCUCUGGUUAUGUGCCAUCAUCGUCAGCGAUGCCUUAUACCACGACUGACGACGUUGCACUUCGAGCAGGACACGGCGAAACAUCGUACGACAAGACCGGGGUUUCAUCAAACGGGGACGUCCCAAAGAAGGUGACCAUUCAGGAGGCCUUCGAGCAUGCACACCACUGCCCUGUGGCACCGGUCGCACAGUGCGAUGCAUCACAUCGUCUUCAAGAUGCAAUUAAUGGUGUGCGCAUGGUUGCGAUGGAUCCUACUAAUCCUAAAAAUCGAGAGACACUUCAAGAAGUUCUGCGGGCCAAUAAUAUCGAGCCUCCAGUCAGCACCGCUAUAACAAGCAUACCAAGCACCAAACAUGAUGCAGAAGAGCCCACAAUUAACUUAGGGACAGAAGUUAAGGAAACUUUAGUGUCUAUUCGCACUAGCCAACAUCACCCACAAGGUGCCGGCGUGAUUUGGGCUUCGUCGAGUGGAAAGACCUUGAAGCAAUUAUCUAAAUAAAGAGACAAAGUGAUACCAGUACCUUUGACAUAUCAAGAGACGACUACUUCUUUGACAUACCAGGUUGAGAAUGUAAAGAAGAAGGUAGCUUAUGUAGUUUGAAUCUAACUUUUCAUCUUAAUAUUCAAGCGUAUAUUAUUUUAUAGGCUAUGUAUUUAACGUCGACAAGUUUUCAUUUGUUUCAAUUUGACUUUUCUGAAACUUUUCGAUUCUUUGAUCUAUGUAAUUUAUCUAUAAUUUUCAGGAUGGAGGUACCCACAUGUGUCUUAUACCUUGUGCGUGUGGGUGCAUACCAUUAAGUUCCCAGAUGCAUGAUCACCUUUACCGGUCUAAAAAGAUUUUUUGUGUUGAAAA